CGCGGGGCACGCUGGGCGCGGUAGUUCGCGGCGGCGCCGCCUCCAUGGCCGCGGUUGUGUCCGCCCGCAGGGGGAGCGCGGCGGCCCGGGGGCUCGGCAGGGCCGGGGGGGCGGCCGGAGUGAGCCAGGCCCGCGGCACAGCUGACAUCCCGAAGCGCAGCAGGAGGAGGAAGAGUGUGGCCAUCGCCUACGAGCCUGGGCAGGGGGACGGUGCCGAGCAGGGGGGGCCUGAGCCCCAGAGGCUGCGCUGGGAGCCGCGGGACUGGCGGCAGCAGCUGGAGCGGAUCCGCGAAAUGAGGAGGAACAGAGACGCUCCUGUUGAUGAGAUGGGAGUUGAGAAAUGUUACGACAGCAGCGCACCUCCACAGGUGAUGCGCUACCAAGUUCUGCUUUCACUGAUGCUCUCCAGCCAGACCAAGGACCAGGUGACAUCGGCCGCCAUGCUGCGCCUGAGGCAGCACGGCCUCACCAUCGACAGGAUUUUGCAGAUGGAUGAUGCGACGCUUGGGCAGAUGAUUUACCCUGUGGGAUUCUGGAGGAACAAGGUGAAAUACAUAAAGCAGACGACGGCAAUCCUGAAGCAGAAAUAUGGGGGUGACAUACCCAGAACGGUGGAGGAGCUGGUGCAGCUGCCGGGAGUUGGGCCCAAAAUGGCCCAUUUGGCCAUGACCAUUGCCUGGGACAGUGUGUCGGGGAUCGCUGUGGACACCCACGUGCACAGGAUCACAAACAGGCUCAAGUGGGUGAAGAAGGAGACCAGACACCCUGAGGAGACUCGGGUAGCGCUGGAGGACUGGCUGCCCAGGGAUCUCUGGAGGGAGAUAAACUGGCUCUUGGUGGGCUUUGGCCAGCAGACCUGCCUGCCUGUGAAUCCUCGCUGCAACGAGUGCCUCAAUCGAGACCUUUGCCCAGCUGCUAAGAGACGCUGAGGGAUCAUCCAGUCUUCGUAGAGCGACAAAGCUGCUUUGGCUCAGCAGCAGCCCAGAGCCAGGCCCUGGUAAAGCUGGGCUUUGCACGGGGCUGGCUGUGUGACUGCAGGGAAAUGGGGCUGCUGCAGCCUCCUCUCCAGGGAGGGAGCAGCCACUGUCAAUGCUGAGCUCUCCAGAGGAAAAAGGGGCUUUCAGAGCGCAGCAGUCCUGCUGCGUCAGUGCUGAGGGCUCCAGCCCAGCAUCAAUGCCUGAGCGUGCCCCGGCUGUGCUGCCUCAGGAGCCACCAGAGAGAAACGCUUUGUCCUACAUGACCUGCUGCUGUUUGUAAAUACACAUUUAAUAAAGGUGGUGGUUUGUUUUUGG